AUGCACCUAACUCGUGUAGGCACUGCGGUGGCCCGCACUGGAACAGCGGCUGCCCGCACCGCCCGUCCGUUCCGGGAAACGACCAUUGUGACGGCGGACACUAGUCCGACCCACCGCCUCAUCCGCACGCACACAACCACCCCUAACACGUUUAAUGUUUGGCAAUCACAACGGGGGAUAAACUAUCAAACGCGCAACAACAAAAUCCGCGUCAUCAGAUAUAUUGCCCGUCACAAAAAAAAUUACGAGAAGUAGUAGGUCUUCAUCACCACUCACCACGACUUCUACUUCGAAAUUUUAGCCAGUAUCCGUGGAUAAUACGCAUAGCACAGCGACAAUCGAAAAGAACGCCCUGGUAAUGGCGGUUCAACUCACUCUCAAAGUCACCGACUUCGCGGUUAAGACCCGCCCCUCGGUACUCGUCCUUGGCAGAGAGGGCAAACGGCCGGGGAAUUGGGAACUGUCUCAGACAGUGGGCACUCCGGUCGAUCAAAUAAACAGGGACAGGACAGCGCGCGAAAAUAGCGUCCUGGACAUACCACCCAUUACAGGUGACCAGACGCCCUCCAAAUAUACAACAGGGGACGUAGUGUAUUAUAAGGCGCAUACAAAAUUGUACGCCAGAAUGGCGCCAAAUAAGUGGGGGACCGUCAAGCUGGAAAAACAAGUCGGUAAAGGUGUGUUCCUAACCGAUCAACAACUAGCACAAAAAAUGCAUGUUUCAUGCCUUGAACGAGCGUCAACCACACACAAAUAG